AAAAGUUCCUUUCAUAAAAAAAAAAAAAAAGAAUUUAAAUGUUAUCAAAUGCGUUUCAAGUGUUGAGAGAGCGCUCUGCUGUGGAGUGGAGGACGACAGAGAGGAUAGAAAGAGCGUAUCUGCCCUCUCUGACCUUCAGCCAUGUCCCUCUGCGACGACACACUCCUGUGUAACUUCCCAAAGUGCCGGACCAAGCUGAGCGGCUUCGCCUGGGUCACAGCCUGCUCUCACGUUUUCUGUGAACAGCACGGCUCCGGCGAGUUCAGCCGCUCUCCUGUCAGCUGCCCGGCCUGCUCCUCUGCGCUCUCUGGGAAGCUGGACAUCGUGAGGACGGAGCUGUCGCCUUCCGAGGAGUACAAAGCCAUGGUGCUGGCAGGUUUGCGACCGGACAUCGUGCUGGACAUCAGUUCCCGUGCUCUGGCCUUCUGGAGCUAUCAGGUCCAUCAGGAGCGUAUGUACCAAGAGUACAGUCUUUCCCGGGCAGAGUCACAGCUGAAGCAGAUGGAGAAGGUGCUGAACCAGCAGAACCAGAGCAGAGAACUGGAGCUCACCGCCAUGAGAGGGGAAAUCUCAUCCCUGAAGAAGGUGAUGGAGGAGUAUAAGAGGAAGUACAGUGAGGUGUCUGAGAGGCUGAUGGAGAGGAACAGACAGUACCAGAAACUACAGGGGCUGUACGACUCUCUGAGGCUGCGCAACAUGGUGGUGGGUGUCGGGGAAAGAGAUGCACAGCCACAACCAGGACAUCAUGACUUCAUCACAGGGACGGCUCGACCAGCGACUCCCCAGAGGAGUCCCGAGUUCCACUUCAUGGGCUCUGAUGUGGACAGUCGAUUCUUCUCCUGCCUGGAGGCAGAUGGAGCCAAGACUUUCUUCCAGUUCAGCUCCCCUACCAGGGAGAGAGGCCGGCCAUUCGUGAAGAAGCACUGACAGGAGCAGGUUUCAUAACUGCCUCUGCUCUCGUCACCCAAUUGUUGUGGUUUAAUAUUAAUUAAGUUGAAAGUUUUUCUCCUAAGGGGCUUUUGUGUGAUUAAUAUGUGGUUUUGGACAAUAACAAAUGUUGGAUUAAUAUUGUAGCUUUGCCUUUAGGUCUGUCCCUAUGUCUUUUUACUGAGCACCUCCAGCCUGCCAGUGUCUUUCUUGCAGUAGACAGUAAAUAUUCACAGUUAUGCACAGACAAGCAUGUACUGUAAGGUUACAUGUAAUAAGGUAUAGCAUAAACGUUUCCUUCACUUGUUUUUAUUGAUGUUACUGAUAACCACAGUUAAUUGUGUGUAAUGUGAGGUUUAACUGGUAAACUGAAAGAAUGAGGAACCAAAUGUUUUUGUCAAAUUCGUCUUUUUUUUUUUAGAUCAACUUAAGUCAUAACUCUGACAUCACAUUGUCGUCAUCACAGGUUCAUUCAUUUACAAAAUCAACUCAAUGUCCGUGCAACAGAAUACAAAAAAAAAGCGAGAAAUAUUUAUAAAUAUAAACAAGUUGUCUCUUAAGAACAUGUAACGCUUCCAAAA